GUGAUACCCUCUCCUAAACCGAACCUCUUCAUUUGUCUCCUACCGUCAAAAUGGCAUUCGCCUGGAAGUCCGCUGGUCUUAGCUACAACCGCUACUUGGCCGUCGCCGCUCGCGCCGUCCGCCGCUCCCUCAAGGACGGCCCUCGUGCUAACGCCGAGCGCCGUGGUCAGAUGGACUUGCGUUUUGCUAAGUGGGAGAACGGCAAGCAGGGCGAGGUCAAGUCCCUUGCUCAGGCCCAGGCCACCGCUGGCCAGGCCGAGUCAAAAUAAACGAUUUAGUCCGCAAGAACGACCGUCUGAAUACGAAGAAUGGGCGAUAGGAGGAAGCUGAUAAGACCUCGAGGGGUACUCUGAUGCAGGAAUGGACUGGAUCUCUGUAGCAAUAUUGGCCCGUUGACCAGGUAUAAAUAGAAAUGACUGUGUCCCUCCUGCUAUCAUGGUUGGUC